CCUCGAGACGCCUUGAAUGGUGUGUCGGUGCUCGUGAAAUACACGCAAGCGAUGGAUGUAAGUAGCCCAAAAGCUUUCUUCAUAUCCAUAGAAACCCUGCUCGAGAAUUCACUGCUGUUUGUUUAUACUGACACAGGGCCACACGGGUGAUAAUGAGCGUAAAAAACUGUGGGAUGAAUUAAGUAGAGGCAUAGAACAUUCGCGUUUGGUGGUUGUACAUUUGACGAAAGGCAACGAAGGUGAGCUUGGACACGUUUUAAGGCUUUCGUUCCUUGACUGUGAGUAAUUAACUCUGAUGAGUUUGGCAAAGAGAACUAAGAUGCAUCUAUUAUCCAGAUCGUAGUCUCUUUUCUAUUCAUUCGCGAGGGUAGCGCUUUGUUUUACACAUGUGCGUGUUUUUGCGGUUUCAGAGAAUGAAGUUCUAUUUAUAGAACUUAUCUCUCAUUAGAAGGCAAAAGCUUUGCAUUGAAAUGAACAGGUCAGCUUGCGAUGAUCUGAUCUGACUGUCAGCGAUAUAAAUUCUGCGUAAAUUAAGGUUUCGAUUUGAUAAUAUUGGUGAAUAGACUAUUAAGACUCAAAAUGACUACACUUUUAAUCCACUUAGAUAAUAAUAUUUUGCAAUCCAAACAAUUAGCAUUUUUUACUAAAAUUUAUUGUGGAAGCUUUUAAAUCAUGCAUUUAUAAACAGAAAUGAAAAAUUAUUUGUAAGUUAGGAAUAGCUAAUAAUUAUAUCAUUGUCUCAACUCAUUAUAAACCUCAGUCAAAAUCAUUAAACUCAUUAAAUCAUUUUUGUGGUGAAAAUUGUUGGGCUUUUAAUUUUUAACUGUUUGCUGCCAUUUGAAUUUUGUGGCAAGUGCAUAGCCUGAGUUUCAGCCAUCUUUGCGCGUCGCAAACUCUCUUGGGAGUUUGGGACUUGUUGAGAGUAGAAAGGUGGUGCCAUAGACCUUUGCCGCAUUCUCGUAAACAAAGGCACCAUCUCAAGACUUGGGUUGACAGAUUAUGGUGGUUUGUAGUUUAGUACCCAGGUGUUGACCUUGUUUCAUUGUGUUUGCUCGGUGGAGCAGAAUGUGUGAUCAACUAACAGUAAACCAUAAAAUGGCAAAAAGCAAUAACUUGUUGUGUUUCAUUGUCAGGCUUCGGUUUUAACAUUCGUGGUGGAGUGGAUCACCCUCACGUUGGCUCAGACCCAGGUAUUUUCAUAACCACAGUCAAGGCUGACAGUGUAGCAGGCCGAGAUGGGAGACUGGAUCCUGGUGACAGGAUAUUGGCAGUAAGCAACAAUUUUUUUAUACUUUUAAAUCAGUUGUAGUUAUAGGUACCAUAAAUGAUCUAAUGGAUGCCCACUCUCAAAUAAAUGCCUCUUGUAUGUUUAAUCCCUCGUGUACAAUCUUAGGUUUAUAUUGGACACCCCGAGCUCUGAUAAAUGCCCCCUCAGGGUGCAAAGAAAGUUAGUUUUACAGCUUGCCAUUUAGGCAAGCUGUAGCUAGCAUGUACUAGCCUAAGGGGCAUUUUAACUGUCGCAAAAAAUUUUUUUGACAAGCAGGAUCGAUUACAAUAAUUUAAUUUAAAUUCCCCAAUAAAACUUUACUUGCCCAUUGGGCAAGUUAAGAACAAAAUCUACUAACCCAAGCAAAAUCCACUAGCCCUGGACUAUCAGACACUACUUUCUUUGCAUGCUGCCCUGUCUAAUAGACACCCCCUAUGGCAAUUACUCCAAAAUACUAGGAGUUAGCAAAAAGGAGCAAAAUCAUUCAAUUUAUUCAGUUUUUUGACUGAUUAACAAGGGGUCGCAUAAUUAUUAUAUCUUGUUCAAUGUCAAGUUCAGAGUAAGGAUAGGCCAACGAUGACAACACAAUAACACUGAAUGAUGAUUCUGACAUUUUGAGAUUUGAAAGAGCGAUAUGGAUCUCUAGACAUCCUAGAGAUAGAUAGAUAGACUGGAUAUUCCUCUAUUUUUAAGCUCUCUUGAUAUUUUGGCCGAAAGCAUAUAAGUUUUGUUGAGCUUCUAACAGUUACGAGAAUAAAUGUCUCGCUCUAUUAAAUUCCCCCUGUCUAUUAAACGCCCCCUUUUGGACCCCUAAAAUUGAAAAAAAAUGCCCCAGCGUCUAUUAGAUUAGCUAUUAUUCAGCCAUCUUGACGCAACAAGAGGGCAAUUCAACAAUGCUAAACAGAUUGACCAUCCACCACAAACAGUGAAUGUAAGUGGACAAAGCAGGCUGGGCUAAUGUGGCCUUUUAUAAAAUAUUUUUUUGCUCUUUCACAGCUAAACGAUGUUAGACUGGAUUAUGUGACGCAUGAUGUGGCUGUCAAUGAAUUUCGCAAAGCAGAUGAAACUGUCUCCUUACUGGUGGAAAAGAAUGCUGAGGCUGUACUACUGGUCAGUAAAGAAAUCAUGUAGUAGUUUUAAGUUUUUUUGGCCUUUUUUUGUUUUGUUUUGUUUGUGUUUGUGUUUGUCUUUUUCACUUCUAUAUGCAUAUAUUUCUAAAAGAAUGUGUGCAUCAAACUUCAGUUUAAAAGGUAAUAUAAGGGCCUCUUUACAUGGAGGUGGAGUCUUCAGGCAUUUGAGGUAACCUGCUCUAGUGGGGUACAGGUGUACAUAUGUAAAAAAGUAAUCUAAUCAAUUUUUCUACCCUACUAACUCGAAAUCCAUGGGAUAGUUAGUCUUUGAGGUAUUUCCAAUCAACGUAAAUAAAUUUCUAAAUUGGACAAAUUGGUUCUUUACUCCACAGUCACCACGAAGCUCAGGACUUGACUCACCAGAUGUAUCCUGGGAAGAUGGGCCCAUUAGGCUUAAUCCUGUGAAUGAAGAAUCAGCUAAAAAUGAACUCUUUGGUCUUUUAAGACGGUUUUAUGAAUCAGAACUAGGAGCUUUAUCAAUUGGGUUAGCUAUUGGUGGUCUAGCUGUGUUCGUUGCCCUUAGAAUAUAUAAAGCCAGUAAAUUGUGA